GUGGUCUUUAAUCUUUGUUCAAAUUCUUGUCCGAUCAAGAAUAAACAAUUAUGGAGGAUCAAGAUGGCAGUGAAUCAGGCGAAGGCCAAAACCAACAAGAAUCUACUCAACCGAGGUCCGAAUCUACUUCCCUUAAUUCGAGACUUCAAUGGAAAUGUUUGGAUUUCGGCUGGAUUGUAUUUACUUGGCCCGGCCGUUUUAAAGCCGCAGAAUUCCUGACCACUUUUUUGGGUUUUGUGCUUAUCGCAUCGGUGAACACAUUCGACGAAGAGCCACGAUACGAAUUCUAUGUUUUUGUGGGCAUUUUUAGCUGGGUUAUGGUCUGCGUACAUAUGAUUUUAGGAAUUCCACAUCUCAUUGAACGACUUCCCUUGGUUGUGACACAACCAUUGGUAUUCUUGGCUUGUUGUUCUUUGGCUGUUUUGACUUGGUUAAUUGCAGCAAGUGUUGUCGUGGCUAAAGAUAAAAACGACUCAACAGUUCAGGCUGGGGCAGCUUUUGGGUACAUGACAAUGUUUCUGUUCUUUUUUGAAGCUCUCUAUUAUUUCAUACUCUGGCGGCGUGGUGGCUCGGUGAGGCGAGAAGACCAAACCAAAGAAAUGGAUGAUCCGGCUGCAGGGAAUGACUAUGUGCCCGAAGAUCCUGGAUAUUAGUUGAACUUACUGUCUUAUAAUAAUGGUAGUUAAGCUUAUUCGUAUUAAUUUAGGAUAUAAUUUUUUGACAUAUUUCCUCAGAUUAUUUGAAUAAAUUACCCUUUGUAAUAUUGUAUGCGAGUUCAUGUUUAUUACAGCAAUUUGAAACAUGGAAAAAUGUGUUGAAAUUAAAAUUAGGUAUUAGCUGAUUUUAACAUAAACAAUAGUUUCAAACAAUAAUUUUGAUAAACCAGAUUAGAUGUAUGAUAUGUAAAUUAAUGCUAACUUGCUUGCAAGCUACCUUAAUUGUGCAAAAUUUAUAAUAAACAAUAGUAACAUAUAUUAAUUAAAGGCAUGUUACACACGGCAAUUACACUGCAACUUGCAAUGUACUUCUGAAACAAGGUCAUAUUGUGUAAAAGAUAUUCACAGUAAAAUUAAGAACUUGGCAUGCAUGUUAAUUCACCAACCUUUUCCUCACCUGUAGUGCAUAUAAAUGAAUGAAUGAAAAAUGAAAUGCUGUCCAUGCUCACUGAUUUUCUGUUAAUAUUUUAAAUUAACAUUGCAUUGCAAGUUGCAGCAAAAAUGUGGAACAUGGCCUAUAUAUUAUACCUACUUAUUUAUGAUCAAAGAACUUCCAUAUUUAUAGCAUUUGUUUAGUUGUAUUCACACUUGGAUUUGAUUUGUGGAACAUAUUAAACUGACUGUGAUUCAAAAGUGAUUAGCUAGUAAAUAUAGUUUUGUAGUGUUGUAAAAUUAUUAUUUCAUAAUAUUGCUUCAAAUUUGGGCAGAUCAGCGAUUUGUAUACCCCUUUCCCCCCAUCUGCCUCGUACGCAGAUGCUUUAAAUCAUUAUAAUACACAAAGUAUUCAGGCAGGCAGGCGACACGCGAACGGGCUGUUGGGAAAGGGGCCAUCAACCCCUUUGCUCACCACUACAAUACUUCAUGUAAACUCGCCAUAUGCGUAUCGCUGUUUUUUUUACAGAGAUGCCUGGGUAUGAGGCAGCC